AUGGCUAGUGCAAGCGGAGCCGUCGUACCGUUCUGCUCUCAACCGGUGGCAUACCGCGCGACGGAAGCCAGCGGUUCCCUUUACACUGGUCCGAUGAUACCUGUGGUGUUGUAUAAAAAGGAGUGCGUGAGGAAUGCGCCGGCGCAAUCGUCAGGUGCAACGGCCGCGGGCCCCGCCCCUGACGUAUUUUUGUUUGCCUCUAAUGUCGUAUCGCUGGGGUGGAGUUGG